AAAAAGAUGGUUCAAUUGUCGGUUGGAAUGUUAAAGAUAAAGAUAAGGUUCAACUUAAAUUUGAUCAAACUAUUAAAAUUAAUCAAUGAAAUCGAAAGUUUGUGUGUUUCUGAUGAUAAGAAACUUGGUUAUUGCCAUAGUAAUAAUUUUGUAAUCGAUAUGAAUAAUAAAGAUAAAAAAAUUGCAUUAAGUUUUGAUAUUGAAAUUCGUCCACACUAUUGUACCUUUAAUUUAAAAGGUGAAUUUAUUUUAUAUAGUGGAGUUAACUCUUGCUUCAACGAGCAUGAAAUUAUUUGGAUUUAUUCCACACAAACUAAAAAUAACAAAUGGGAAUGUAAGAGAUUUUACAGGAUACCUAUUUAUCGUCAUAAUAUUAUUAGUAUAUCAAAAUAUGAUAAAAUUUACGUGGUUUCAGAUGAUUACAUUUAUGAAUGGAAUAUUAAUACUGAAAAAAGUGUAAAAAUAUUUGAUAAUAAUAAGGAUAGUAAUGAAAUUGAAACGGAUCAUAUCGGAAUAUUCAGUAAUGAAAAGUUUAAUAUUUUAAAAGUCAAUGAUAAAAUCAUCGUUUAUUCAAUCGAAUUGGGAAUUACUAUUGCUUCUUUGGAUAUAAAUGAUGAUAUUCAACUAUAUAAU